AUGUUUCGAACUGAGCAAUUGCAGAUUUCUUGCAUGAUAGGUAUUUUAUCUUUAGGUAAUUUGAAGGAUGCAAACAUACUAGUGGAUGAGAUAAAGAAGCAAACUCAAGCUUCUGAGGUUGAGUUUCCAAAGACAGACUUGAUGCAAUUCAUCAAUUUUCUUUUGCAAACGAUGGAAAGAGAUGCUUUUCCUCUUUUUAAUAUGUUGAGAGCAAACUUCAAAGGAUGUAUCGAGAGGGAACCUGCCUUCAAUGAGUUGCUAGACGAUAUUGCGGAGAAGUUUUACGGCGUACAGAGAAGGAACCCCAUGGGGAUGUUUGGAGAUAUAUUCAAGAUGAUGGGAGCUGAGUAG